AUGACUGAAAAUAAAUGGAAGAAUCUGGUCUAAUAGCAUAGUUGGCUUGACUUUAACAACCCUUAGAAUUUCACUUGUGAUAAUUACUUCGAAGAUGUUAGUAAUGAAGUUCCAUUAACAGAGCUAUAUAAAAUUGUUGAUACCUGCUAUGCGAAUGACAAUGGGCAAUUCAUAACUAUUUUACUCUCUGUCGAGAAUGAACAUUUGAGAGUUGGCUAUGAAGGUUGUAAAUAUGUCCUCUAAGUAUGGAACAAACUCAAGCAAAGAGUGUAUCAAUAGCCCUUAAAAGAAAGAUUAAAAUCUUGGAAUUCAAACAACAAAUACGUAAUUUUUGCAUAUAAGGAAUCAGCUGACCGUUAAUCAACAACAGCACUAUAUAAUAAACAAAUUUCCUACAGACACAGCAGAGAAUAUGUUUAAAUUAUCUUUCUUCUAGCAUAAAAUCAAAUAGUAAAAGUAAUGAACUUAGAGAAGACAGAUGAACUAGUAGCAGUGGAGUACUUCACCAAGAUCCUUUAUUGUUGCUAUAAAACCUAUAUCAAGGUGUUCUAUCUUGACUUUGCUUGGAAUGAAGAUCCAACCUAGCCAGUAUAUAUCGAUGCAGAAAAUCCAAGGACUCUUUAAAAGAUUGUUCCCUUAAAAAACUAUAGAAUACUCGGAAUGAAUGACUUCUUUGUUUUCUUAGAGACUGAAGACUUUCAAAUGACCACUAUAGAAAUUGCAGUCAGAUAGAUUUAACAGAAAAAUCCAUUAAAUGACUAAGAAUCUAUAGUAGUAGAUUUAGAGAUUGAUCUUCAUUCAAAAAGGGAGUUAUUACCUCGAAAAGAUAAUAAACAAAUUCAAUUCUUAGACAACGUCAAUAACGCAUAGGAUGAUGAGUUAAUCAAAACCUUGAAAUUAGAUAGCAUAACAAAAUACAGAGUAGUUUGGAAUAAAGAUCUUAUGUUUGCAAUGAGUCUUAGAGAAAAAUCUGGAGAGGUAGACUUGUACUGUGACUUCGUCAAAAAAGCGACUAUUAAAGAUCGGAAAAUAAAAGACAUUGCUUUAACUUUCACCUCUUUAUUCUUUUUACUUGAAGAUGAGACUAUUCUCUACUUCGAUCAUAACUUUGACAAUAAUAUAACUAUCAAUAAGGCAAGGUUAUAUCCAAAUUAAAACAUCGAGUUCUAAUCAAUUUUCAUAAAGACAGUUUAGAAUUAAGUCAAAAUAUUCAAGGGCUUUAACAUAUAGAGAACUGAUAAAUUGACGGCAGAAGUUUAUGUUUCUCAUGAUAGAUUUAUCUCAGUUUAUGACUUAAAUUAGAAAACAUGGGUUGUACAUUUCAACUAUCAACAUGAAAUCAUAUGUUAAAUGCUACUCUAAAGAGAAAUCGGCAGCUAUAUCGAUAUUAUAAUUCUAGAAAAUUCUUUGGUCUUUUAAGGCUUAUCAGGAAAAAGAGACUAAAUUUAUGUUGAAGUUGGAGAAGAUCAAAAACCAGCAAAGUUACCAAGUAAAGUUGUUUGCUUCACAAAUGACUUUAAUUAUACUAUGACAUAAUAUUUGGUGGUAGAUGUAAGUCUUCCUGCUUAGAGCCCUUUAUUCAAAUUAUAAUGCAUAGUUGGCUCGAGGAUUGACUAUAUUUCCAUGGUUCCACAAAACUAAAAGGAAUUUUCAGUUGUUAAAUUACUUGUCAAAGAUCAAAAAAAGGGAAAUGAAAAACCUUAGGUUAGAAUAUUAAUACAAACAUAAGAGGAUUUAAGUCUAUAUUUGGAAACUAUUGUCUAUGAUAAAUAAACAUAAAAUCCUUCAAGUGUUACUCUUUAACUCAUUAAAAAGUUUCAAAGCAUCAGAAAAGAGAUUAAAGGGAAAAUUCAUUCUGGGUAUGUUUAUGAUGAAAAAAAUAAUGGCUUUUUUAUCUUUGAUGAGGAGAACAUGUACUUUGUAACUAAUACUAAUGAUCAAGAGAAAAUAAUUACUUUCCAAGAUGUUUUUUGUGUAGGUAUUCAGCCUUACGGUUAAGACGAGCAAUUUUAUGCACUUUGCUAGGAAAGUAAAAGCUCAAAAAAUCCAGGACUUAGAUUUUUCAGCAUUGAUCAAAUAAGAGAGGCUAAAAAAUGCAUAAUGACUUUGAUCAAGAAUAUAGAAGUUGGUACUUUAGGCCUCAUUGCUUGGGAUGAAUCUUCCUAAAGAAUGGGUAUGAUGGUAUCUCAGACUAGUAUCAUAAUUUGCCCAAUGCUUCAUAGAACCGUCAAUAGAUUCUAAGGAGUACCUACAUUUGAAAGUGUCGACAUGGUCAACAUGAAAGACCACAAGCUUUUUAUAGUUUCUUAAGGUAAGAUCUUAACUUUUGACAUCUACAAUGGUAAAAAACUCGAUUCAUAUGAUCUAGAUGCUUAAAGUCUUGGUGUUGAUUUCAAAGAUUAUGUGCGCACAAUUAAUAAAAAGAAUUUAGGGAAAGUGUUAUUUGUUAGCAAAGUUCAAGAGAAUGACUAGAAUUUAUAUGAUUAAAGUCAAGAAUUUUAUAAAGAAAGAGAACUUAAUAUAGAGAAUCUAAGGACCUAUAAAGAUAGAGAAGGACUAAAAACUUACAAAUUCAUUUAUGCUGAGAUUAUGUCUGAAAAAGAGGUCAAGAUUCAUAUGGAGUUUUAUUUUUGCACCUACCAGCUUGAUUUGAAAUCAAAGAAUGAAAAACCAAUAUACAUUCAUAUUAGUGAUGACAUGAAUACAAUGAUAUGUUGCUUUUUCAACUAAAGAUAGUUUAUGUAUUCAAGAGUCUAGAAGACUGAUAGAUAAAUUGAGUGGAGAAGAAUAAAACAGUUUAUGAAAUUCCCAGAUAUACUAUUUUAGGAUCGUAAAUUCCUUGAAUUCUUUAGUCCUUGCCUUAAGAGAUAUAUAAUCUUCAAUAAUUAGAAUAAUUAGUUCCAAAUAAAGGACAAUUUCAACAAGGAAUUUGAGCUAAAUAUUCAUAGGGAUAUUCUGAGGCCAGAUUCAGAUGAGACGAAACUUAGAUAAGCAAUAAAUAGAAUACAGUGGAUUGACCUUAAUACCAUGAGAAUUCUCAAUGAAGAAGGCAUAGAAAAAAUCUACAAGAUAGAUGAUGUUAAGAAGGAAUUUAUACCUAUCAGCUAUAAUAAAAUACCAUUCUAUGGAAGGAUAUUAGAUAAAGAACUAGAUAGUUUAGAGAAUGAUUAAAGAUAUUACGAAUGGCAUGAUCACCCCUACUACAAACUGAGAUUUUACCUUUAAUUCGAAAUGCAAAAGCAAAGACUUCAAGUUCAGUAUCAGAAUUAUGUUAGUUCUUGCAGAUUUAGUAAAGAUCUAUCAUUUUACGACAUCUAGAAAGUGCUUUUCAAUUUUGACCAAGAUAGAAUCUAAUACUACUAGCAUAGUUUUACAUAUAUAAGUUGGUCUUUGAUUGAAUAGAUCUAGAAUGGAUCAUUACCUGUAGAAAUGAUAACUUAGAAGUAACUAGAAACCUUGACUUUAAAUAUUCUCCCAAAUGGAAACACAAUUUUUCAUGUUUUAUCAGAGAAGCCUCAUGAAUUAGUUAAGCUUAUGAGAGCUUGUCAUAAUGAAACAGAAAUCAUUCAUCACAUGCCUAUGAUUUAUAACUACCAAAAGAUGACACCUAUGCAUUUGCUUGAUAAAAAUGUUGAUAUUACGACUAUUAACGAUAUGCUUACUCAUCUAAGCCACUAUGACUUAGAUCAUCACUCUAGAGAAUUAAAAGAUGUAGUGCCGUAGUUUUUAAAAUAUGAACUACCGAUCCUACUAACUUACUUAGAUAGUAGAUUUAAGCAGACAGAGUAAAUCAAGGUACUUAACAGAGUGGUAUUAAAAGAUGAUGAUAAGACUAUAUUCCCUGAGGUAAUAGGCUACAGAGAUGAGGUAUUUUAAUAGAAGAUAUUGGAAACUGAUAGUGAUGCUAAAUAACAUUAAAGCAGUUUGAAAUUCGAGUACUUAGACUUACCCAUGAUAUUCUAAUAGGGAGAUCCAAAUUUUAAGGAAUUUUACAAUGAACUAUACUAUAUGUCAAACUAUGCAUUUUUUAAAAAUAGAGCAAUUACCAGCAUAAUAGAGUUCAAUUAUUAAAAUGUGAGAACAUAUUUGCUUAGCUUUUUAGUCAUUCCUUUUCUUAUGUUCCAUUUUUUGUUCGUAUUCUACACAAAUUUGGUUUAUGAACAUAGAUAUGAAAGGGAUUAUGUUAAUGCUAAUUGGACAAUGGCAAUAAUAAUAUUGGUGUUUGCUUUCUACUUCUUUAUUAUUGAAAUGAUUGAGUUAAUCAAACUAAAGUCUAACUACGUUAAUUCAGUUUGGAAUUACUUUGAUUUAAUUGCUCCUAGUUCUGUCAUUACAGUUUUGGUUUUGUAAUUCUUAGAAAUUCAUGAGAUAGAGAUAAAUCAAGAUUUUUCUAGAUGUAUUCUUGCUAUUGCUACAUUUUUUAUGUGGAUUAAAAUACUGUAGAUAUUUAGAAUAUUCAAAUCUACUGGAUAUCUCAUUAGAGCACUAAUUGAAGUAAUGGAUGAAAUGGGAAUAUUCUUGUUUAUUUUGCUUUUGACCUUGAUUACUUUUGGAGAUUCUUUCCUGAGAUUGUCUAAUGGUAACCCUGAAGAUGAGUAAUUCAUUGAGCACUUCUUUUUCGCUACUCUAUUUGCCUACAGAAUGAUAUUGGGAGAUUUUGAAACAACAGAAUUCGGUUAAGUAGGUCUUCCGUUAGUAUGGAUAUUCUUCGUCAUGUGUACAAUUUUAGUUACAAUUGUAAUGCUUAAUUUACUUAUUGCCAUAAUUUCUGAUGCUUAUUCAAUAGUUGCUGUGAACUCAGUAGCCGCUAUGUACUAAGAGAUGGCAUAUCUUAUUCAUGAGAAUUAGUACUUAGUCCCAAUAUAAGCAUAACUUAAGCAUGCUCAUAAAGACUCUUAUCUCGUUGUAAUUUCAAAUUUAGAAGGCUCUACAAAGAGAAGGGUUAAUCCUACAGUAAAUAAAAUUAACCAGCUAGAGAAAAAGUUAUUGAAUCAACUAACCGUUUUAAAAAAUUCAAAUACAAAAACCAUAGAAAAUUAGAACAAGAUUAAUGCCGAGAUCUACGAUAUUAAGUCUUCAUUGCAUUAAUUAUUGAAGAUUUAAGCUUAGUAAAAUAAACAUCAUUCAGAUGAAAUUUAAAAAACUCAGAUACUGUUCCACAAGCAUGGCUAUAGGAAAAUACUAUAUAAGGACUUAAAGGCAAUGAAUCUCGUCUUUUUAAGAGGUUGCUGCUAGAAAUUCCCUUCUCUGAAGGGUUGUUAGCUGCCUCAAUAGGAUGAAUAAAGUUUAUAUCGGACUGAUUCAAAUGAAACACUCUUCCAUUGUUACAAAUGUUCUUUUGAUGUGUGCUAAAAAUGCUAUAAAUUGAAUUUUGGGCCUCAUUAUCAUUCAUUGACUGAAGUCACUCUAAGAUAGAUUUAGAAAUUAAAUGGAUAUUAGGAUGGAUGGCAAUGUGAUAUGAGAUAUUAUAAAGGCUGUAUUAGAAAAGACGCCAAACCUUUUGAUGAUAAUGAGUAGGUUUAUUUAGAUGAUGCAUGCAAAGUAGUUUAUUGCCAUGAAUGCAUAUUCUAAUAUGGGGUGUGA